GCGUAGCGAAGAAAUGUUGUGUUUUUACAUUUUGUAAUAUUGUUUUAUUAGACGCAGAUCCAUACGAUUUAAGCAAUUUAUGACUUAAUUUAAGUAUUACUCUUUUGUUCUUGUGCUUAGUAUACUUAUUGUUAACGUGGGCACAAGUAGCCUUAUUUCGGUUGUGGCUUUGUUCUAUGUGUAUGUAAAGAUAAAUUUUAGAUUAUUUUAAGUAUGGCUAUGAGUAUAAUUAGUUCGUUCAGUGAGUUGAAGUGUUUGGAGAAAUCUCUUCGAUGUAAAGAUGCCCGAAGCCGUUCCGUUCAAGGCCUUCCGAGCAACGUACUAAGUCCUGCCAUGAAAAUACCGUUGCCUCCUCGUUUGUGGAUCACAGAUUUUGAAGAUGAAUCUUCAGACGAAAUGUGUGGUAGUGUGAGAGACGAUGGUGUUGUGUCAGUGGAGAAGCCAAGGGUCAGAUCUCGCUUCCGUCACCACAAACAGCGUGCAAAUGCAUCUGUACCUCUUGGAGUUUUUUGGGACAUAGAAAAUUGUCAGGUCCCUCGUGGCUGUUCAGCAAUAGAUGUUGUUGCAGCAAUUCGGGCAAAAUUUCUCACAGGGAGGAGAGAAGCAGAAUUUGUUGUUGUGUGCGAUGUGAGAAAGGAAACUCCCCAUAGAUUACAGGAACUCAAUGAUGCUCAAGUAAAUUUAAUUCAUGUGUGCGGAACACAAAAGAAUGCAGCUGAUGAGAAGUUAAGACAAUGUAUGAGACGGUUUGGGGAGCUUCACACAGCUCCCGCUUCUUUGCUUCUGAUCUCAGGAGACAUUAAUUUUGCUGCUGAUCUCAGUGAUUUUAGACAUAGGAAAAACAUGGAAGUGAUAUUGGUGCAUAAACAGAACACCUCAUCUGCCUUAAUAGCGUGUGCCUCAAAUCAUUAUGAUUAUAAUGAACUGAUUGCACAUGUACCCAGGAACCCUAAGGUAAGUCAAAUUGUAGAAGUGCAGCCAACAUGCGAAAUGGAAGUAAUCAACUUGCCAAUAAACCAACCUCCGGAGCGAGUUUCGAGACGUCUCCGGAGGCUGUCAGACAACUGUGGAGGGAAAGUGGUGCGGGUAACUGCCUCCACCGCGAUGCUGCGGUUCCCUACACCUGACCAUGCUUCUAGAGCGUUAAAACGUAUGGACGGCGAGGACGUGUUCGGGCGGAAGAUAGGCACGCGGUUUGCAAGGAACGCACUCCAGCCUACUUACUCCAGUGAUGAGGGCUACAGCACGGGGACACUGCAGCGACCCCCGCCUGAGUUCAUACCACUGCAAGUGCAGCAGGCCUUAGUACCCGCGCCUGUGAACAGAGUAAGGAGUUUGUCGAGCGAGUGGGCUGUCGCCCUGAAACAGCUACCAGCUCCGAAUCCGCCGCCGAUAGACCUCGGCCCGCCGCCCGCGGUCGUACCGCGUAAGAUCCGAGGCACGCAUGGGUCAAGCAUGGAUCGUUCGGUAUGUUCAUCCAGUAAUAGCGGCGAUGACCGUCGGGACUUGAACCAAAGCCGAGCUGGCUCACCAUGGAACUCUUCGGCUAGCUUCAGUGAACUGAGCGAGGGUGAAGGCGGGGAGACGCCGGCCGAGCUUACUGUGACUAACUUGCCGUCUUAUGAACCGCGCGUUCUGCAGGAAAUGCUUUUAAAACUAUUCAGUCAAUACGUACGAGUGGUUCAAGUGUCCAUAUGGGCAGCGGGCGAGGGUCCUCUAGCAACCGUAGUGUUGCGAUCCGAAUGGGAUGCGCGUCUGGUCAUAGCGCGUCUACACAAACGCAGACUGGACAACAACUGGGGAAGAUUGAGGCUUGAACUGUCCCUCGGGAGACCGUCCCCUGCUCUGAACUUGGACGUACUACGUGUGCGUCUCCGGGCGAUCUUAAUCGACCAGAAGAGCCACUCGCUGCCACUACUACGCUUACGCGAUGCCUACGCUAGUCGAUAUUGCUGUGCUCUAACCACAUCCGAUUUGGCCAAAGUUAAAGAUACUGUUGUGAUUCACGAAGGCCUUGGUCGGAUGGUUCAGUUGGUGGAUCUCAAUCCAGUGUCUAAUGCGGAAACUGAAGAAGCUCCUUGGAAGUGCCAUAUUCACGCUGUACUGAGCACCGGGCAUGAAGACGGUAGUAAGAUUCUGCUGCCAGUGUACAUGAAGUUGGGUGUCCUGUCUAAGAAUAUACAAUUGCUGCUGGAGACUCAUGGUGGAAUCUUGCCUUUGCUGAGUUUCGUGGAGUGUUACGAGGCGAUGUUCCCGCCGUUGGCGGCCGAUUUUCGGUACGGAGUCACACUGGAGCUGCUCUUACGCAGCAUCCCUACGGUCCAGGUCAAAGAUAGCCCAUCGAGACAUCUCACCUGGUGCCCACCGAGAAUUGAAUCACCGCCAACAUAUAGCUUCCAGAGUGAGUCGUCACGUUCGAGUGGUGAUCGUGAGCGUCCCCGCACUGCGCCGGUGUUGGAACCAAUGCUGGCACUCUUUGAGAGGGAGCUGAUUGACUUGUUGCGCACUACGCCCCGCUGUUGCAUCUCUUUCAGCAAACUUAUACCCGCUUUUCAUCACCACUUCGGCCGGCAGUGCCGAGUUGCCGAUUAUGGUUUUACUAAACUACCAGAUCUGCUUGCCGCUCUCAGCAACACUAUCGUGGUGCUUGGUUCUGGAUCUUACCGCGUGAUAACAAUUUCCGCAGCGGCUCAAAGCAAACGUUGGACGUCAGAUCUAGUCAAAAUACUAAACGCUCAGCCUAACAGAGCCAUGAAUGUCCACGAUAUACCGGAGUUAUAUCACACCAUAAUCGGACGUCCAUUCAACACCGUCGAUUAUGGUGUUUGCACCUUGGAAGAGCUGAUAGAGAAAGUGUCUCCAGAGAGCGUAAAGAUCGGCCCCGAUGGCUCCAUUGCGUUACCCCGUCAGACACCAACCCGUGAAGAUUCCGCACGAUUUGGACAGUUCGCAGUUGAAGCUGUAGAACUGCUCUGCUUCACCCCCAACUUGAGGAUGGAAUUCUCCCGUUUCGUGCCCGCCUAUCACGCGCACUACGGCAAACAGUUACGAGUAGCCCACUUCGGCUGUGUAAAACUGUUGGAGCUGUUCGAAUUGAUUCCCGAAGCGGUGACGGUGUAUUGCGACCCGUCGGGGGAACGUAUCGUGCGUCUGGCUCCGGUGGCGGCCCGCUCGGUUAUGGCUCAGCGCCUGAAGACACUGUUACCUGUAGAGCUUUCAGCGCUUCCUUCCGCCUACGCGGCGCAGUACGGGGCGCCUCCUCUGCCCGACACGUUAGACGUGUCGUCGCUUGAAGCGCUGGUGUUCGCUGCAGGAGGCUUGGUGGAGGGAGGGAUCGUUUACUCGUCGGAUGAUACGUCUCGAUGGGCGAGCGCCGCUUUGGCAGCGAGCGCUGUUCUAUCUUCCGAUCGUAGUAUUGCACGCGGUUCUACUGUGGAAUACUUCGUGAGCGCCUUUCGCACUUUGUACGGCUCCGAUCCGAACCUGAUUGUGUUAACCAACCUUGGUGUUCUCGAAACGUUCGGACGCCACGUUCGCUUGACUGCGACUUGGCGUACAGUAUGGCGCCUCGCCCUCAUUAUCGCCGACCGCUCGGUUUCGCUUCCUGUUAUGGAAAUUUUCAUCGAGUUUUCGAAUCGCUACGGUCCCUCAUUCCCCAACACUGAAUCAGAAGGUGUUCAAGCAGUGGCGGGUUUCCUUCGUCAGUAUAGCUCCGUAUUCGCCGAGGAAGGCUCUGGUCAGUGGAAGCUGGCUGCUGGAGUGAAGAUGCCGGCGAAGCGAGAUCUAGCGCCCUUGAAGGUAGCACUAGAGGACUACUCCGUAUACGACACUCCUCCCGGACAGAAGGGUUCUCGUGUGUUCGACUCGCCGAAGAAAAAUAUAUGGUGCUCUCCACCUGCGAGCGCUUUGCCAGCUCCUACGGCUUUAAUAAGCCAAGAUAAUAAACGUCGCACACGAUUGGCUGCACAAUUUGAUGAUGCGUAAAAUUCCCACCAAUUAACAAAGCAUUCCAACAAACAAUGAAACUGCACGUGUUCCAAUCCAAAGUUGUCCAAGAACCAAAUGGGUAUAAAGCCGCAACGAAUUUCAACAACAGAUGUAAGUGUCCUAUGAUAUGUGAUUUCUAUAACAAUAAUGUUUUAGAACGUGUAUAUUUUUGUGUGUUUAUUAAAUAGAAUUAAGAAAAUCGUUCUGCUUUCGUGAAAUGUUAUCAAGUGCAUAAAUAUUCGCAAACGGAUGUUUGAAUUACUGUGAACGUUCUAGUUAGUGGAACUAAAGGUCGCACCAAAUAUCAGUUUGAUAAUCUGAGGCCAGUGAAGUCUUAACCCGCAAAUAACGUCGUGGAAGUUUUAAUUGGUUUUAAUAAUUAAUUAAGUUAAGACGCAUUGCUUGCCACUAUUGGUCAGAACUUGAUUUUGGGGCGACAAUGAUUAUAUGUUUUAGUUAUAUGUAAAGUAUGCAAUUAUUAAAUUUUAUGGACAUUUACUAGCCUAAGUUACUAUAAAAUACUAUUUUUACUCUAUUCUUUAUUUUCUGGAGGUUGGCUAAAAUUUACGAAUGUAUCGCUACCUAGAUUUUAUUCAAUCUUUGUUUUAUCUCUUGACUAUUUAAUUUAGUAUAUAAUUUAUGAUUUAAGAAUCCGUUUCACCAGUGUUCUUUGUGCACCUAAACUAUAUGUAGAAGAUAAAUAAUUUAUAAUGCAGAAAUGUUUUAUUUUAUAGUGCUAUAAAAUAAAAAAUGUAUAAUUUGUGUGAACAUGUGAAACUGGCUCUUAUUCUUUAAUCGAUUAAGCCGUCUUCGUUAGUUACUUUAACAUUAUUGGUCAAAGAGACUUGCACACUACAUAUCAGAACUUGGAUACGCGCUUAUAACAUUUUUCGAAUGCUCACUAAAGUACAAUGAUAAUAAUUAAAUGUUAUUUUUCUUAGAACUUUAUCCCUUGAUAUUUGAUCUCCAUUGAUUGUGCAGCCGGCAUCUAAUUAUAUAUUCGUGACCCGCAAAGAUAUAUCUAAGAACUUUUUAUAUAAGUUAUAUCGCAAAUAGUAUAUUUGAUGCCGACUGUACGAGUACAUAAAGCUAGGUGUCCACUAUGUCCGCGAACAAGUGCACUUUGCAGUGCUAAAGUAAAUAAAUAGGCAUGUUAAAUUAUCUUUUAGUAGGUGCGCACACAAUUUGUAGACUCACGUCUUUUCCAGGAAAAAAAGCAAAUUUGAUAAAGUACUGAUAAUUUAUGAAGCAAUUUAGUUUCUUUGUUUUGUCAUGUAAAAUUUCACUUUCGGACAAUAAUCUGUAUUAUACAAAUAUUUCUACAAGUAUACUAUUCAACGACAUGUUGAGCAAUAAUUUAAGACUCAGUCAAAGAGACAUAAAAAUUAUAUACAUAUUUUAGACACUGAAUUAAAACCUUCCAAAAUUUCAACAUUAAGUUUUCUUCUUAGAACCUUCGCAAACUUUUUAACACAAAACAAUUAUUAUUAACAACAUUUAUAACUUUCCAAAUAAACUGCCUGUAAAAUUUUAAGGCCCGGAUCAAAUUUUUUCCGACUUAAUUUUUCUGGCCUAUAUAUUUAAAAGUACAUCGAUGUAUAUAUAGGUAGGCUUUCAUAGAUAAAAAACACGGUAAUAAAAUUAAUCUGACUUAAACUUAUGAUCAGGUUAGUUUUAUUCAAACGUGAUUGGUGGAAACCGCCGCACGCGGUAUUAUAUGUUUCGUGAUUGGUGGAUGGUAGCCAUCAUAUUUGUAAAAGCAUUUAAUAGUAUUGCCUAUAUAUACUGAUGAGUGAUGACUGAGUGUCGCCGAUAUGCGUGUACAUAGUGUAUACCCAGCUUAAUAGUAUUAAGUAUACAUGUGGCUUUACGUGACUUAGUUUUGUAAAAAUCUGUGUAGUAGUUUGCACUAGGAAUCUUUCAAGUGUCACUAUUUCGAAUUUAUUAUUUUUAGACGUUUUAUUUUAGAUUUAUUAUUUGUUUCCAUGAAUAUAGAUUUUAAAAUGAUUUGAGAAUUCUUACGACGAUCCAUCUUUAAAACAAUGUAAGAGUCAAUUAUUGUAGAUGUUCAAACGUUUCGUAAUAGUAUUAAAAUAGUGAUAUUUGCUUUGUAGAAUAUGCUUGUGCCUGAAGUGCAAUGAUUAUUUUUUAAAUUCCUCAAUUUCGGACGCUCCGGUGAAAUUCGUCGUUCCACAUUAAUAGCUUAGUACAAUAUAAUUAUAUUACAACUAUUUUUGUAUCAAGUUUGUAAAAUAUUUUUAGGAUAAAUGGAAACAUCUUUUUUGUUAAUAAUUUGUAGCGGCGGUCUAAAAUUUGUUUCAAACGACUGCCGUUACACUUAUGUUAAUUAGUAGGUACUACUGUAAUCUAUUUUUCCUUAGCUAGAUAAAAUCGUUGGUAGUAUCUCGCAGAAAUGAAACAAGCAAUAACACCGUGAUAUCAUUUAAGUAAAAAGAGAAACCGUUUCUAAUUCGAUUACUAAAAUCAAAAUCUUGAUAUUUUCCGUGUACGCUACUUAUUUAAGCAGGUGAACGUUGUUCUUAUAAAUUGUUUUAGGGGGCGUUCAUAAAAUACGUGAGAUGUUUGGGGGGGGGG